UCAGUACAUCUGCCAACGCUGAAGUUUACCCUGGAUUCAGACGGUUGACCGAAGGCGAGGACUUACAUUCUUGAGCACGAAACGAGGGUUGUGUAAAAGAAAGAAUCAAUCGAGAGAAAGGUUGUUGUCUGAACUCAAAUACCUAGCCUUGGCUGGCGUGUCAAGUCGCAUGAAUCUGGAUCUUGGAAGCUUGGAGGUGAAUGUCGAUUGGUCAGUACAAUCUGGAGGGCGCUACGUAAUCGCUGUGGCGGAAGUUGCAGCCACGAUCGAUGACCCCACACGUGGAAUUCAAGGGGUCAAUUUGAACUUCAACUUCACAAGUCAGGUUGCAAUAUUUUCCUUUGCUCUCAUUGCUACUUAUAUGCAUUGUUCAAUGGCCUGCUCUUUUCUUCUUGGCAGCAGUGUCUUUUGUUCCAUCGCCUCAUGCCCGCCAAUGAUCUCGCCCGAUCAAUUUUCAACACCACAAUUUCACUCCGUUCCGUCUCUUGAGAUUAAACACGAUUCAGAUGCCUCACCAUCGAAAGAUACAGAUAAUCGGAUAUAACCCACGGUUUUAGAACAGCUCCUAACUCCGUCUUCUUUUCGAGUCUUGCAAAACACUUUAGCGUGAACAGCUCGCUGGUUUCUACAAAUUGAGACUAGUGUUUCCCACCUCCUUCGGCUUCCUAGGCUCCACCUAAACUAAUUGAAGAGGAUCC